CCUAGCAUGAACAUUCCUGUCUCCUCCAAAGCCAUGGGGCCCUUGAGCCUUCUCUCUGUGAGCCUUCUCUUCGCACUGGCCGUGGCCCAUGUGGCGGUCGAGACCUGCGACGGGGAGAGCUGCGAAGGUGAAGCCUCCUCCGUGCUCAUGCUGCACGGCACGCGUGGCUACAAACCACGAGAUAUCCGAGGGAAGAGUUUGUACUUUGUCGUCACUGAUUACUUCGCGGACCCUCCUCCAGGGCAGCCCUAUUCCAAUUGCAGUGCACCUGGAUGGUGCAAUGGCACUCUUCAGGGUAUCACACGACAUCUCGAUUACAUUCAAGGCAUGGGCUUUGAAGGGAUUUGGAUCACUCCUGCAGUCCUGCAGUUUUAUGGUCCCGAUCCAGACAACCGGAGUGGCUAUGGGAACUAUGGCUACUGGGCCAAGGACUUGUACAAGAUCGACCCAAACUUUGGCACUGCCGAGGAGUUGAAGCAGUUAGCAGACGAGCUCCACCGAAGGGAUAUGGUCUUCGUGUAUGAUAUCGUCCUGAACCACAUGGGUCCAGUUCACAAAGAAAAGGAGCUCAAAGGCCCUCAUGGCUUUCACCCCUUCAACAAGCCAGAGUAUUAUCAUCAGUUGAAUCGCGGGAACCUCACUUUCGACGAAUACGUGAAAGGCUAUGCCUAUGGCGGAAAAGGCUAUCCACCGCCGGUGCAAGGGCUUGGCCCGGGCGCCAUGUGCAAGAAGGGCCUUUUCUCGUGCGAUUGCUACCGGUGUCCGGUGAAGGUCGGCUUCGGAGAUCCUUGCCCGGUCACGCCCAUCUAUAUGGGUGACGAGGCGGCCGGGCCCAAAGACAUUCCUUUUUGUGGCGUCGGAGAUACCAUUUGUGAAGGCUACAACGAACUGCAAACGAUUCAAGGAUGGUUCUACGACCUGGGCGACCUCAAUCAGACCCACCACUUUGUGAGCUCGGAGCUCAUCAAAUGGGGCAAGUACAUGAAGGACACGUAUCACAUUGAUGGCUUUCGCCUGGACACGGCACCCUAUGUCUACAAGAGUUUCCUCUCGGAGUUCCAAGACGCCGUGGAGAUUCCCAUCCUCGGGGAGGUCACGGCGAGCAACUGGAGCUUUUUCAAGUCCUACUCGCCUGGUGAGAGCUCGGCAGAAAAGCCGGUGUUGAAGGGUCUCCUGAACUUUUACCUCCAAAAUGCCGCCACCACCGGCUUUUGUGGCAUGCCCUUCUUCCCCGGUGCGAACCUAAACUUGACCCGCCUUGGAGAGAGCAUGAAGGUCGAGUAUGAGCUGAACCCAGGACAGGUGAAUGACUUGAACCUCUUGGGGAACUUUGUGGACAAUCAUGACAUGAAAAGAUUGGCCUACUUCUGCAGUAGCACCAUGCCCCGGAUGAGGAAUGCUCUCGCAUGGACCAUGCUGACGCAAGGGAUUCCAAUCAUCUAUUAUGGCACGGAACACUUCUUUAAGGAGACGCACCCUCCGAUGUGGAAUGCUGGCUUCUCAACCACCACUCCAGGGUAUACCUUUCUACAGGGUUUGAACAAUGUGCGGCGGAUUCUCGGCUUACACACCAGCAACAUGAAGGUCGAGGCCAGCAGCGAAAACCAUCUCAUCUUCAGCCGGAAAAUCAGUAGUCGCUUUGUUUCCAUCUACAAGAGGGUCUUCAUCUUCCUGAACAACAACGAUGAGAACCGCCCCGUCGAGUACGACGUGGAGGGCGUCUUGCCCAACAGUGGUGACCUCGUCUGGGCCGAUGUCCUUCACGGCUUCCUGGUGCCCCAGAUCGCGGGCGGGAAGCUCUUCGCCAGCAACUCGGAGCCGAUGGCCCUGGUGCUACUGGAGCGGAUCUCCUUAGGCGAACUCCAGGAAGGGGCGAAACUCCUUGGGCCGAGGAAGGAGCGAACUGCACGACCCAGCGUGGUGAAGGAGUGAGAGGAGUGAGAGCUGGAAGAGGAGGUGAAGUGAAGGGACGAAAUGUUUUGAUGCUUGAAGGGUUGUGAAUGGUAGAGUGAGCCUACAAGAGUUUGAAGCAGUCAAGGCUCUCCAAACCAUUAUGGCCACAUGGCCAAUGCUUGAUCCAUUUUUGGGGAACACUCUGAAACUUCGGGUGAGACAAGGCUCUCCCGGUUGGAGCUCCCUGGGGCUUUUCGAGCUUGCUCCAAACGGUGCAACAAACGCUUGCGCUGGGGACGACACUCCUUUUGUAGCCCCAGAGAUGGCACCGAGCGCGCUUCGGUUCGACCAAAACGACGGCACCGAGCGAGGGAAAGCGGAGUC